AUGUCGAGUCGCUACCGGAAUCUAUCUCCCAGCCGAGACCGACACUCCCUGAUUGAACCCAUGAGAGCGUCAACCGGAAUGGUAGAACUAAACUCCUUCUACGACCCUUAUGAUGCACCCAGGCGCUCCGACUACGACUACCCGUCCGAUACUGGAUACUCCAGUGCUUUGGGGUACCGGUCAGGGCGACCAUCGAAACUCGAAGCUUACCAAAUAUCCUCCCAUCGAGUUCUUGACCCGAGUGCGUCCACCAAAAAACGUACCGAAUACAGCAUCCAACCCCGCAAUAGGCACAGAAGCAAUACAGCAACGACAGCGGACUACCAUACACCAGUUCGUCUGGCCGUACCUUCCGCAUCUGUUCAACAUAUCUCGCCGGUGCGCCACUCAAUUCAGCGCCGUAGCCCGAGUCCUCUGGCUACAGAUUCCGGCCAUCACAUAGUCUCGGCUUCCCCUCGGAACCCCGCACAUCGCCGGAUCUAUAGCACCGACUAUGCGAGCGACACGGGCUAUAUGGAUCUACGGAAUGAUCCCAGACCUAGGACUGAUCAUAGUGGUCAUCAACACCGUGUCCAUCCGCCUCGUGCAGUACGCCAGCCAGCGUACGAUGGGCUAAGGAAAGGUGAUGACAUCGAUGACUUUGAUGCCUAUUCAUACACCAACGCUCGUGAGCAAUUCGACCGGGACUACCCGGUCAAGCCCCGUCAUCGCGGGCCGAGAUACUCGCCCGAUCGGCCGCUCAGUUACACUGGCGUGGAAGAAAGCCCUCAGGGGAAAUCGCGGAAAGACCGUCACCGUGGCCCACCCCCGACAUCCUGGGGCCUUGACAAGCUCGGGCGUGAACGGCCGCGAAGCUCAACACACGGCAAGGAUAAUCGGGACCCGCACAGAUCGAAGGAUGGAUUUCAUGAUCAAGCCCUGGUCGCCGUACCUCAAGACUCUGAUAGCGAAUACCCUUCUCGUCACGAGGAGCGGCGCCGUCGUGUCCACAGAGCACGCCACGUGAACGAUCGGGAGCACCACUAUCCAGAAGACCACCAUCUCAAGCCACAUGAUGUCGGCACGGUCGCUAAUGUAGGACUUGGGACAGCGGCCUUAGGAGGCGCAUACUCCGACUUGUCGGACUACGAACCGCAUCGUUCGUCGCGGCGGAAGCACAGACGCUCGCACGGUGGCCAUGAUGCCGUCCAGCCCCCAUCGCGGGAGCUGGUAGCAGCAGUUCCAGCCGAUGAAAGAACCAAGCAAGCCUACCUGGACCCUGCCGAUGCCCAUCGCCACGGUCGAUCGCGGCGAUCCUCCAGCCGGCGGGCGCACAGCAAUGACGCCGGGACAUCGGACGAAGACCUGCAAAACUACAGGCGUGAGCCCGCACGUCGCACGCACAGCAGCACCGACACUGAAAGCGACCGGGACCGCUCGCGCCAUAGAGACCGAGACCACUCCCGCGGGCACCGCUCUCGCUCCCGCCGCACGUUGGAGAAUGGCAACGAGCACAUGGCCAAAGAUGACCCCAGAAGACUUAUUGCUGUUGAUCCACCUGCUCCAAAGGAGCCAGAGGGUCCUCCCAAAGGAAUUCUCAAGCCUCCGCGCCCGGCAUUCCCAGAGGAACCCAAUCCGGUGAGGGAGGGGGUCGCUCCCCUCAAAGAUGCUCACAAGCAGGGGAUCCCGCCAGGAGCUCGCUGGACGAAGAUCGACCGACGGCUCGUGAAUCCCGAGGCAUUACAAAUGGGCAAUGAGCGGUUCGAGGAGCGGUCGGAUUAUGUGAUUGUGUUGAGGGUUUUGAGCAAGGAGGAGAUCCAGCUGUAUGCUGUGAAGACACAGGAGAUCAGAGAUACCCGACACAAGGAACAGCUGCGCGAGAGACGCAAGUCCAGAGAUGAGCAUCAACGCCACGGCCGCCGAGGCGACGAGUCCUCCAGCGACGACGAGGACGAGGGCGAGGAAGAGCCCUGGAAGCAGCUCGAAGCAGCCCCUGCACCAUCCGCACAGAAUAUGUCCUUGCCGUCGCGCCCACGCGCGUCGACCAACUCAAUGCAGGAGGCUGAAAGGCCUCGGGUGAACAAUUCGUCUGCUGCACCGGCAUAG